AAUGCUUGACGAGAAUGAUUAUAUCAAGAAAAACCUAAAACUACUAUUAUCAAACACUGAAAAAGCGUACAGUACUCUUGGACGACUUAGUCUAACGAAAGAUAUAGUGAAAAACGUUAAUAGACUUUCAGAAUAUCGAUCAAUUAUUCAAACGGAAUCUGAAAUAUUUUCGCAAAUAUCCAUUGUUAAACCAGUUUUUAUUUUAACUCUACCAAGGACAGGAAGUACGUUUCUACACUGCUUAUUAUCUGAAGAUAAAAGAUGGAAAGUUCCUGGAAAGUGGGAGUUAGGUAAACCCUAUCCCUAUCCAUUAGAUCCACCUUCGAAGGAAAAUGAAGAGACUUUGGCUAGUUUCAAAGAGAGUAACUUUUUGCUAAGUCAAUUUUAUGGUCCGCAAAAUAUUGGCAUCGCUCAUAAACUUCAACCUACUGAUAGCGAAGAUAUUUUAACCUAUAUGAGAGGAGAUGGAAUAUUUUCUUCUCAAUCUUUUGCAUUAGAUAUACCUGAGUAUAAUGCUUGCGUUGAAAAUUUAUCCUAUAAUACUUGGCUUAAGAUUUUCGAGAAUUUCAAAGAUAGAUUAAAAAUGAUAAGUCGAUUCCAAAACUUGGAAAAUAGAAGAUUUUUAUUAAUGUUUCAUAUGAGUCCUUUCUGUAAUAUAUCUGCUCUAUUGGAGACUUUUCCCGACGCUCAAUUCAUUAUUUUGCACAGAGAUCCGAUUAAAAUAAUUCCAUCUAUUACAUCACUUUUUCAGUAUACCUCCAGAAUACAUUUGAAACCGUUUACCGAUAAUACUCAAUAUAUUUGUGACAAACUUACAGAUGUGUACCUUAAGGAAAUAGAUAAAAUGUUCAUUUGGAGAGAAGAUAAGAGGCUUAAAAAAAAUAAAAUAAUAGAUUUACAGUUCAGUGAAUUAGUAAAAAAUCCAAAAAAUGUUGUAAAGCAACUUUAUCGAUUUUUGCAAAUUGAGUAUAAUCAGGAAUGUGAUGAAGCUUUCGAAAAUUAUAUAAAAUUCCAGAACAACCAUAAAUACGGAGUUCAUAAAUAUAUGAAAAUGAAUCUAGAUAAAGUCAAGAUAAGAAGAAGAAGCAAGGAAUAUAUGAGAUUGUACAAUAUCGAACCGAAUGUAUAA